AUGAGCAUUUUCACAUUUAAUCCUAGCCCAUCCCCAAACAUCGCAUUUGGACCUAUCGCCUUCCGCGUCCCCCACGCUUCUCCCCACCGUCUCUCACACACCUCCCCACGCACACGCCCACGCUUCCCCUCACCGUCGCCCACGCUUUCCCCCAUCGUCGCUCACGCUUCCCCUUACCUCCGCUCACGCUUCCUCCUGCCUUCCCCCACGCUUCCCCACACCGUCGCUCACGCCUUCCCCCACCUUCCCUCACGAUUCCCCUCUCAUCGCCCACGGUUCCUCCUACCGUCGCCCACGCUUCCUCCCACCGUCACCCACGCUUCCCCCCACCGUCACCCACGCUUCCCCCCACCGUCGCCCAAGCUUCCCCCCACCGUCGCCCAAGCUUCCCCCCACCGUCGCCCACGCUUCCCCCCACCGUCGCCCACGCUUCCCCCCACCGUCGCCCACGCUUCCCCCCACCGUCGCCCACGCUUCCCCCCACCGUCGCCCACGCUUCCCCCCACCGUCGCCCACCGCCACCGUCGCCCACCCCCACUAUCGCCCACGCUUGCCCUCCCAUCGCCCUCGGUUAGACUUCCCGCCGACCUCCCUUCUCUCCCACCUCUCUCCACGUCGUCAUCACUCCCCUGCCCAUCCCGUUCCCCCUAUUCACCAUCGCGUCUCCACCCAUGCCGCCCACCCUCUCAUCCCUUCCCAUCGCAUUUAGGCCUCUCACCCACCCUGGGCGGGGAGGUAUGGCGAGCUGGGCUGGGAGCUGGGGAAGGGGUCGUGACUCGUUCGCUGUGGGGUGUGGAAGGGUGCGUGGUCAGCAGCACCCACCCUUCUCUCUCUUGCACUGACCUCCUCUCCUCUCUCGCACCAACCCCACAUGCAUGGCAGGUGGUGGUGCGGCUUUGGAGCAGAGUGUUUGGCGCACAGCCAGGGCAGCGCGUGCAAGCGGGCAGCAAGGAGUGCAGUGCUGCAGGGGGCGGGUCAGGGGAGCGGGGGAGGCGGGGGUUAGGGAGAGAGGGUACAGGGAUCCUCCUAUCCCCCGUUCCACCCUUAUACCCUACCACACUUUUACCAUACCUCCUGCCCUCCUCCCUUACUCCGUUCCGUCGUUCCCCCACGGUCGUCCUCCUCUCCCUCUCCCUUCCUCCCUUCCUCCAUCUCUCUGCCUCACUACCCUCUUUACCCUCUCUGUUGCUCGUCCUCCCUUCCUCCCUUCCUCCAUCUCUCUGCCUCCCUACCCUCUUUACCCUCUCUGUUGCCCGUCCUCCCUUCCUCCCAUCCUUCUUUCCUGCCAUUCUUCCUCUCAUCAUCCUCCCUCGAUCCAGUCCCCCUUCCCCUUUCCAUCUCCCACUCUCCCACUCCCUUCCUCACGCCAACCCUGCUCCUCCGUUCCACCCUUCUACCUUCCCCCUUGUACCCAGCCGCACUUUUUCCUCUCAUCCGCCCAUCAUCUCAUCCGCCCAUCCUCUCAUCCGCCCAUCAUCUCAUCCGCCCAUCAUCUCAUCCGCCCAUCAUCUCAUUCGCCCAUCCUCUCAUCCGCCCAUCAUCUCAUCCGCCCAUCCUCUCACCGUCUGCCAUGCAUCCAGUUGUGAUGAGUAUAGGGUUUGA